CCUCGAAAAGUUCAAUACCACUGGGCUAGAGCUAGAAGCUUAGAGCUAGAUUUGUCCGAUCAUUAUUUAUUGGAGUUAAAACAGUGAUACCAGAAAUGCUGUUUCUAACUUUCUUUUGGACACUAUCCAGUUGUACAGAUAGUUUUGAAGUGACCACACCCUCCAGGCAUGUGGUGGCAAUUCGGGAGAGAUCCGUGGUGCUGGGAUGCAGCUUCUCCCCAGACCGCCUCUCUGGGCUGAAGAGCCUGGUCAUCACAUGGCAGAGGGCAGAAGACUCCAGGGUGGUUCACAGCUUCUACUAUGGUGCAGACAAGCUGGACAAGCAGAGCCAUCAGUACAGGAACAGGACGGUCCUGUUUGUGUCGGAGCUGGAAGCUGGGAACGCGUCCCUGAUGAUAUCUGGAGUGAGACUGGGGGAUGCUGGGCUCUACCUGUGCGCUGUGAGCACUUCGCAGGGAACACACAGCGCACAGGUCCAGGUGGAUUAUGCAGCAUUGUACUCCGAGCCUAGAUUGAGUAUCCAGGUGAACUGGACCGGCGUCAGUGUUGUGUAUGAGACGGAAGGCUAUCCAGAGGCACAAGUGCAGUGGGAGGAUUCUGCAGGCCAGCAGCUUGUCCACCAGACACAGGUGUCUCCUCUGCGGGAGGGGCUUCUCUUUCUGAGGACACAGAUUGUGCCACUGGACAACAGCAAAAACACAUUCAACCUCACCUUCAUUCUGAAGAACCAGCAUGUCAAGCAAACCCUGGAACGAGUAGUAACCUUAAACCAUGCACCUUGCCCAGAAAGAGGAACACACCAGAAGGCAGUCAUACCACUGUCUGUUGUAUGUGCACUCCUUUGUGUGGUGGUCCUUGGAAUGUGCAUACAGAAGAAAAGAACUAUUCGCAAUCAUACCUGACUGAUCCUGUCAGGCCCUCUUCAACAAAGGUCCAGCAGCCAGACUACGGCUAACUGAUGUUUAGCUCAUGUUUCAAGAAUAGAGAUUAAAUCAGUGAAAGGUGAAGUAAUCCGAAACCUACACAGAUGAAACUGACAAGGUGCAUAACUGUAGACAAAGUGCCUUUUCCCAUGACAUAACCAAACCAAGGGAAUGACUGAACAGUAUGUUUACAGUAUGUAAUCAAACAAACACUGCACUAAAAUGAGGAAAUGGGUCAAAUGCAUUUGAAUCAAAUAUGUGAUGUAUUUACAUUUGAUUAAAAAAAACAAAAAGCACGG